AAUUUUUUAACAAUGGCGGUCGAUCUUUCUUCAGCUAAGGAUUGGAUAUACAUAAUAGUCGUACCAAGUAAUCUUUUAGUUGCCAUAAUCUGUUCGAUCCUUGGGCGUUAUUGGGAAAAAAGAAAAAGGAAAAGGGAAGAUAAUGAAAUACUGCUUGCAUUUUUUGUUGAACGUUUCAACAAGGUGAAAGACACGUUCGAAAGGUUGAAAAAAAAUCUUGAACUUUUGGGAAAUAGACACGUAAAUGAUUGGUCGGAAUUGCAUAUUUUGUUAUACAAGUGGCGCCGAGAAAAUUGGGAAGAAUCAUCAGAUGACUCUAGAAAAGACUAACUUCAGAUGUUGAAGAAAUAAUGAAGUUCAUCCAGCAAUUGAACUUAUUUUUUAUUAUAAAAAAUCAAGCAUGCCCAGAUGGUAUCAAGAUGCAAUAUUCAAGCGAAAUCAUUGAGAUGGGUGAUUCCGUGUACCUAUUUGUGCCAAAACAUCAACAAGAUGUUAUUGAUAAAGUGCAAAAAUAUUUUGACCCUGCUCAGACUGUCCCAGAAUCUCUUUUGUCAAGAUGCUGUAGAAUACAACGGACAAGUGAAUAUGAAAGAAUUAAUGACGAGCAAUCUACCACAAGUGCAUCAAGACAUUCACCCACUGCAACUCAACCACCAAAUCUAAGGAAGGUUUGGCCUGGCGAAGCUGCAAUAGAAAAUGCAAUCCCGUACCUUAAAUAUUUCGCAUACCCAAAAUAUGGAGAGAAGAUGACAUGGAGAGAUGACAUGAAGAUUGAAUUUGCUGAAAUUCCUGAUGACAUUGUGGCACUCAUGGAUCAUAUUGAAAAGGGGGUGAUAAAAGAAAAUGAUGAGCUGUUAUUAGAUGAAAUUAAGAAGCUUUGGGAAUUUAAUAGAUAUGAAGCACCAGGUGGAGGAUUGUUGCAUUCCAUGAGAAUGAUAAUCUUUAAGAUUGAUCAAAAUCAUCAUUUUUUUAAUAGACAUUCAUUGGACAAUUUCUGCAAAUUCAUUGGAGAUGAAAUCUUUGUUGAUAAGAAUACAUCUGCAAAUGUGAAGGAGUGUAACAAAAUGUUAAGCAGUUUGAUUAGAGUGGCUAAGAAUCUCAAAAAGCAGUUCUCAUUCCUGCCUGAAGAAAGGGACAAAGUAGACAGGUUGAAAAAAAUAAUGCAGCAAAUACAAGAAAUACCAGUUUUGAAAAAUAAAAUGGAGCAUAUAGUUAAACCAAUGAUAGAGCAUCAUAACAAAUUCAUCACAGUUUUUGAUGCAACUGGCGACCAAGGUGGUUCCGUAGUAAAGGCCUUACUUGCUGGAGGGAAAUUCAAGGUUCGAGGAGUCACUCGGUCACUAGAAAGCAAAAAGUUACUAGCUUCGCAAGGUGUAGAUAUGGUGCAGGCAAGUUUAGACGAUACAGACUCCCUUCAUAAAGCAAUAUCUGGUUCUUACGGAGUGUUUCUCGUCACCAACUUUUGGGAAGACAUGGACGGCGCAAAAGAAACACGACAGGGUAAAAGUGCUGUAGAUGUUUGUUUGCAUGAAGGUGUCAAACAUUUGAUCUACAGCGGUUUGGAAAGCGCUAAGAAAAAGUAUGGAUUUGUAGUGGAUCAUUUUGAUUCAAAAGGAAAGGUUGAAGACUACUUAAAGGAAAAGGCUAAAUCGAUGAUUUGGAACAGCAUCCGCUUAUCCGCUGACUUCAACAAUUUUCUCAAAGACUGGAAGCCAAAGAAACAGGAAGAUGGUACAUAUGAGCUGAGCAUACCCAUGGAAGGCAAGCCAAUGUAUGGAAUAGACGUAAACGAUUGUGGAGAAUGUGUCGCAAGCGUAUUCAACCACCCAGAAACCUACGGCAAGAAAAUUAUUGGAAUUGCUACGGACUACCUCACCGUCCAACAAUAUUGUGAUGAAUAUAGCAAAGUAUUCGCAUCUCGUGUUUUUAAGGAUGCAAAAUCAAAGACCGACGAAGAUCAGGACAAUGGAUUUCCUGGUGCAGAGGAAAUGGCAGCCAUGUUUAAGCUGUAUCGGGAAGGAAUCGAGCGUGAUAUAGAACUCACGAAAACUUUGAAUCCCAAGGCAAAAACGUGGGAGCAAUUUGUAGUGGAACAUAAAGCAAACCUGGAAACAUUAUUAUAAGAACUUUACUGAAAAUUAGACUUUGAAAGUGUACGGCUCAUUUCAUUUUGAAUAGAUUUUUUUAAUGCA